CGACACCGUUUAAUCGGCGAAGAUGGAUUCUUCUUCUUCGUGUCUCCAAACAGAGGUUUUAGCUCCAAAGGGCAAAACAACACUUUCGUUUCUUUCCGGGCUCAAAUCGAUCAGGUCUAUAUUUGCUCUUAUUCUUCAUGGUAUCACUCAUCAGGAACUGUUCUAGAACCACCCAGGUCAUUCUUAAGCGAUCAUUUUCUUGUGCCCUUUACCAUGCUUCCUUUGAUCAUUGUUCUGCUUCUCUUUCUUCGUCGUUCAGUUCUUGCCCAGUAGAAGCAGUAGAAAGUUCCCAUUUUUUGAAACCUAAAGUUGAUAAUCAAGAACAAUGCCUGGACUUAAGAAAACAAUCUGACAUAGACAUACUUGUAGCCAAAAUUCGAGUUGGGAAUAGUCAUUAUGAGAUCCUUCAAUCUCUCGUGCUCGAUCAAGUGUCUAAUAGUAUACAAAUUUCUCAUGACCUUGUUGAUAGAUUGUUGUUUAGGUUUAAGGAUGAUUGGAAAUCUGCAUUGGGUGUCUUUAGAUGGGUUGAGUUGCGCGGUUAUAAGCAUACACCAGAAGCUUAUGAUACAAUGGUGGAUAUAUUGGGGAAAAGUAAACAAAUGAGUCAAAUGAAGGCAUUGUUAGAGGAAAUGCGGGAAGGUAGUCUUGUUACACUUAAGACAGUGGGUAAGGCUAUGAGAAGGUUUUCUGGGGCAGGGCAAUGGGAAAAUGCUGUAAGGAUGUUUGACAACUUAGGAACUUAUGGGUUGGAGAAAAACACGGAGUCUAUGAACUUGUUGCUUGACACACUUUGCAAAGAAGGCAAGGUGGAGCGUGCCCGUGAGAUCUUCUGCGAGCUCAGGUCGCACAUCCCUCCAAACGUUAACACAUUUAACAUUUUCAUUCAUGGUUGGUGCAAAGCUAAUCGGGUUGAUGAAGCACAGUGGACUCUUCAGGAAAUGAAAGGGCAUGGUUGUCUUCCCUGUGUCAUAAGCUACUCCACCAUCAUCCAAUUCUAUUGCCGCAGAGGUGAAUUUACUAAGGUCUAUGCGCUUCUUGAUGAAAUGGAAGCUCAAGGCUCCAUACCAAAUAUCAUUACUUAUACCUCAGUGAUGAGUGCACUAGCCAAGUCAGAGGAGUAUGAAGAAGCUUUACAAAUAUACCAAAGGAUGAAGUUAAUUGGAUGUAAACCUGAUACACAAUUUUGCAAUUCUCUGAUCCAUACACUUGGAAGAGCUGGCAGGCCAGAAGAGGCUAUUCAUGUUUUUGAGGUAGAAAUGCCAAAAAUUGGUGUCCCCCGAAAUACAUCUACCUACAAUUGCAUGAUCGCUAUGUUAUGCCAUCAAGCUCAAGAGUUGAAGGCUUUGAAUCUCCUUAAAGAGAUGGAAACUUCGAUGAUUUGCAGGCCUGAUGUUCAAUCUUACUACCCAUUGCUUAAGUCAUCUCUUAGAAGUGGUAAGAUAGAUAGUUUGUUGAGGCAGUUAUUGGAUGACAUGGUUAAAAAGCAUCAUCUCAGUCUUGAUAUCUCAGCCUACACACUUUUAAUUCAUGGGCUUUGUAGAGCAAACAAAUGUAAGUGGGCUUACUGCCUGUUUGAGGAAAUGAUUGGUAAAGAUAUAACACCAAGAUAUCAGACAUGUUGCUUGCUUUUGGAUGAAGUCAAACUAAAUCAUAUGUAUGAUGCUGCUGAUAAAAUUGAAACUGUCAUGCGGAGAUUAUAAACUAAGUGGUAUUCAUCAAAUAUGGGUGUGUCUUCGUUCUAUUAAUUGGUGUUGCUAGAAACCACUGAAGGAAUAUUCUACUUCUCUUUACUGGUUAGAAUGAAUGUUGGGAAAAAUAGACAACAUUCUCGUAUUUGAAUUUUUCUCGGUUCCUAUUAUUCUUCAAGAAUGUAUGCAGUAUUCUACACGACACUUUGCAAUUAGUUGUUUCUCAGCUGCCGAGGAUUGUCUGUUUAUUCUACUUUGCUUGAAGUUUUUUUGUGUUGCAAAUGUUCAUGUUCUUAGGUGGUUAGGAUGGUUUUAGUCCGACUUCUUGCAUGAAAAUGUGUAAAGACUACAGAUUUGACAGUCUUGAUAUUGAUGUCCACUACUGCUCUCUGCAUGUUGGGGCAUCGCCUAUCUCUACUGCUUCGAGAUUUGAAGUGGAUUCUUGCAUACCAAGGAGAUGAUGCGCAUGGAAAGGCAGUAAGAAACCAUUUGAAAGGUAAACUUCAGAAAAUGUGGAAUAUUUAGAACACUAAGGACUUGACCUGUUAGUUGCCCUAUUUUGAAAUCUCUUGAUUGUAAUUCAAUUCUUGAACAUUCAUUUUGAAAAUUGAAGGCCAAAAUUUUCUUCAAACAGGACAUAAGGCAACUGAUGAUUUUUCCAGGCAUGGUGUAAGAGUGAAAAAUAUCUCAAACCUAGCAAGUUUUAAGCAAUUAGAUUUUAUUACCGUUGUGAUUUGGUGUGCUAUUUUUGUUUCUUUUUUCUUGACUCUUCAUUUUUGGCUUUAUACACUAAGAUGAUUGAGAUUGACUCACUUACUGUUCUGUGUGAACAACUACCAUAAUAUAUUUGUCGGUGAUAAUGCACUAUGACCCAUCUUGAAGGGAAGUGGUGUGGGGCUUAUGCAGUUGAAAGAUAGCAGAUGACAAGAACAAGAGCUUGUCUCUUUGUCUUUGGGACUAGUAGAUUUGGAAUCAUUUGUUAAGUUAUAAACAAAGGUCUUUGCUUUUUCUAGCAUCUGUAUUCUUGAUUUAUCUAUUUGGUCACUUUUGACUAUUUGGUGUACAUUGGAGAUGUAGCUUCACAUGCUCUCGUCUGUGUGACCUGAUUAUCAUAAAGAAUUGAUCUCGUGAUCCAAUGUUUCUGAUAAGCCAUGAAAGCUGAAGUAAAACCAAAUGCUGCUAUAUCAAUAUGACCCAAUCUCCAAACUCGAGGCUCGAGGUCUACAAGGAGGCCCCUAGUUCUAGAUUUUUGGCCAUGAACCCAAUCACAUGUGAGGGCCUGCAAAUUGUUGGGAGACUGAGCUUCACAAAAAGAUAGAUUGCUAUACAUGGAGCCGGCUUUACUUGGGGAGUGACCGAGGCUAUUAACCAGUAACAGGAUUAGGCAGGCAUUUACUUUGUUGAGAUAAUAACAAUGAUGAUUGUAUUAACUGUGUUGCUGAUUAUACCUUUUCCUUUUAUAUCUCAUUCUCAAAGUAGAGACAACAA